GGCCUUCCCCGCCGGCCCCGCCACUUGAGUUCCGACCUCGAGGCAGAGGUAUCUCGACAAAUAUAUAUAUAUUUAGCUACGCACAGAUAUAUACACGCACGUUUCCGGGUGUGGGUGUUUGUGCGGCUGCUGCCGCAACGCGGAGGACAGACGCCGUUUUCUACGGUGCACUGGCUGUGACUGACACCCCCCCCCAACCCUGAGGAGGCGGAGGGAAGAACCCCUGGGCUUUGCAAAUAGUCCAAGGAUAUUACUUGAAAGUAAGAUGUCUUUCAAUUCACCUGUGAUUUCAGAAGAUGACCAAAAGAGCCACCAGGGAAUAAAAAGAAAUUUUGAAGGCCUGAAUAGUUCAGAUUCACAGACUACGUCGAUGUUGCAGGAAACACCACUUGAAAACCUGCAUCUAGCGCCUCAGACUGUUCUUGAAAGAGCCCCAAAACAAGGGAGAUCAAAAUGUCCCAGAUGUAAUAGUUCAAGGAUGUUCUAUUGUUACACAUGCUAUGUUCCAGUUGAAACUGUUCCCACUGGAGAAAUUCCUGUUGUGAAGCUCCCAUUGAAAAUUGACGUCAUUAAGCAUCCCAAUGAAACGGAUGGCAAAAGCACAGCUGUACAUGCCAAGCUCCUGGCGCCCGAAGAAGUUACCAUUUACACAUAUCCUUGUAUUCCAGACUACGAAGGAAUGAGACACGAAAUUGCACUUAUCUUUCCUGGGCCUAAUUCAGUUUCAAUAAAUGACAUUCCCCUCUGUUUGCAAAACAAAUCUAAGAAGAAGGUUGGCUGUGACGAGGACGAGGACUCAUCAGCAGAACCAGUCCUCAAAUGUGCGAAAACAGAGUCAGGCAGUGAAAGCGACUUGGGCGAACACCAGUUUCACAGCAGAAAUGCUCCGUUGAAGAGAAUUGUGUUUAUUGAUAGCACUUGGAAUCAAACGAACAAGAUAAUCACAGAUGAGCGGCUCCAAGGAUUGCUGCAAAUUGAACUGAAGUCGCGGAAAACCUGCUUUUGGCGUCAUCAGAAAGGAAAGCCAGAGACGUACCUGUCUACCAUCGAAGCAAUUUAUUAUUUCCUAGUUGACUAUCAUAAGGAAUUCUUGAAAGAAAAAUAUGAAGGACAGUAUGACAACCUCCUUUUCUUCUUCUCGUUUAUGUACAAAUUGAUAAAAAAUGCCAAGUCAGCAGGAAAAGACUAAGGCAAUAUAAUUUUUGUGUGAAUAACAAAAACCAACCCCCUAAAAUAUUCCUUAUGAUCCAUUGUACUUUAUUCUUUUAAACUUAUUAGUAACAAUUGAAUUAAAUAAAUUGCACAGUUGGCUAGAGGGUUUUUUUGUUUGUUUGUAAGAAUGCAAAAUGUUCCUGUCCUUUUUAGCUCAAUCCUAAAUCCAAACCCGUGACUUAUCAUCUGAGGCAAAUCUCUCUUAUGGUUCCCAAGAGACUCCAAAUAGUCUGGGGACUUUACUGCCCUUGUUACAUUUGAACAUAUUUUUUUAUAAGCACCAAUUUGGAUGUUUGGAGGGUUUAUAUCAAUUUACAUAUUUUAGAGAGAAGUACUGAUGGCUGUUAUGUUUUCAAUGCGAACUGACAGUGUAUAUUGUUUUGUUGGGGGGAUUUUCUGUCUCUUUUAUCUUCCCCCACUUCUUUGCUAAAUUUGACACUUAAAAAAAGCUGGACUGUUAUGGGAGUGUUGCCUGAAAUAAAACUGAGCCCGUUGCCUCUAAAUAGAAAUGUUUUCAGACUGUAAUAAGCAGGGAAGAUGCCAACAUAGAGUCUCUUUUCUUAAACAUAGUAAAACUUAGUUCAGCUGUUUCACUCUAUAGGAAUGCGCACUUCACCGUCAGGGAUGACUUAAUCCCGGUGAUGUAACUGUUUACUAAAAAAUGAUUGGAACAAUAUUUCAGUAGACAAAAAAAAAAAAAAAAAAUCCAGGCUAAUGUAUUCAGCAGGAUGCCAAUGGUAAACAUGUUUGGGUCUAAAUUAAGCUGUAAAAUUGCUUUGGUAAUAUUAUAAUAGCAGGUUUACUAUAAUGACUACUUCUAUGUCCAUUUCAGGUUGACAGCUUUGGUACUGCCAAACAAAAGUUUCCUGCUGGAUUCUGAAAUAAAUUUACCAGGAGAAACAUA